AUGCCUGGGCCGCUUUCUCGGCUAUCCAAUCUCAGAUUGUUUUGGCGAAAGAAGGAUCAGACAUACAGGACCACGCUGCCACCAUCCGAUGAAGAAUCAGCCAGGGAUCAGAUCCUUGAGAGGGCCUUGAAAGGCCGAUCAUCUUCUGCUCAAAACCUCCUAAUGCGAUGUACUGUUCUUGAUUCUUCCGGAAACGUUUCCCAGACCUCUGGCGAGUUUAAAAAGUCGGAUUUGUCCACCCAGCACAGUUUACAUCCCCGGGAUUUGCGCAAGAUAGACUCCCGUAUUCCUAACCUAGUACCCACCAUAUUAGUUCGCAAAGAAGCGUUUUUGGUUAACAUUCUUCAUAUUCGUGCAUUAGUCAAAGCUGAUACGGUCAUUUUGUUCGAUUCUUAUGGUAGCACUGAUUCACGUCUCCACUCCGUAUUCUUAUACCACCUUGAGCACAAUCUAAAAACAAAGGGGGCUGGUCUGCCCUAUGAAUUCCGAGCGUUGGAAUCCAUCCUUUUAUCAGUCUCCUCAGCACUUGAGGCGGAAAUGGUUCUCAUCCGCCAUCUAGUUGGUGGUUUGCUUUCAGAGCUGGAGGACGAUAUAGAUAGAGAUAAAUUCAAGCGGUUACUGCAUUACUCUCGACGGCUUUCCAAUUUCCAAAACAGAGCGAAACUUGUGCAACUCGCGAUUGAAGAAGUGUUAGAACAAGAUGAAGACCUUGCUGCGAUGUACCUCACAGACAAAAAACAAUCGGUACUCCGAAAAUUGAAUGAACACGACGACUUGGAAGUCCUUCUGGAAUCCUUCGCCAAGCAAGUCGAAGAAAUAGCAAAUGAAAGUGAUAAUAUGAUUAGUAAUGUGCAAUCAACUCAGGAGAUUGUAGAGCUGAUUUUAGAUUCCAAUCGGAAUGCUCUGCUCGCUUUGGAUCUUAAAGUAUCCAUUAUCACUAUGGGCCUUGGUGCAGGAGCAUUAGGCGUAGGUGCUUUUGGAAUGAACCUCCAAAACCACCUCGAAGAUAAUUCCGUUGCGUUCAUUGCCGCCACAGGGGUCGUAAUCAGCUUCACCGUAGCCGUUACUGUCAUGGGUUUGCGAAUUCUAUCAAAGAUUCGCAGAGUUGGGCUGGGGUCUGCACAAGGAAAUAGUGUGACAUCAGGAAAACAGAUGGGAAUGCUGGCACGUCUUCGAUACAGGGCUAACAGCCCAGAGGGGAAUUGGCAUUCUUGA